AAGGAUUCCUCUAGAGAAAUCCCUCCUUGGACAACGCUUCAUUCCACUGUCCUGCUGAGGAGGCGGCAUUUCCAGGAGGGGAGAAGUUAAAGCAGAACCACAGAAAGAUAAAACUAACAACCCCAAGGCCAGAAAGUCAGCCAUGUGACUUCUCUUGAGCAUCAUGUUUUGUCAGCAGAUGGAGGACAAUGUUGAAUAGGCUAACACGACACUGAGAAAGUUGACAUGGACAUAGCACUCACACUCUGUGAUGGUGAAGUCUAAACAUUAUUAGCGAGUGGUGAGAAAUCCGGAGCCAAGCCUCGCUGCUCGAGGUGCAGUUGCCAAAAUGACCCAUCUGCAAUCCGGGCUCAGUGCUGAAAUCAUCGAGAAAUCUCGGUUGGAACUGAAUGAGAAUCCAGAUGCCUUACACCAGGACAUCCAGCAGGUCAGAGACAUGAUCAUAACACGGCCUGACAUCGGCUUCCUGCGCACAGACGAUGCCUUCAUCCUGCGCUUUCUGAGAGCGAGGAAGUUUAACCAUUUCGAGGCCUUCAAACUGCUCGCUCAGUAUUUCCAGUAUCGCCAACAAAACCUGGACAUGUUUAAAAACUUCAAAGCCGACGACCCUGGCAUCAAACGGGCUCUGAUGGAUGGCUUCCCCGGGGUCUUCCAGCAGCCAGAUCACUAUGGGAGGAAAAUCCUGGCACUGUUCGCUGCCAACUGGGACCAGAGUAGGAAUACCUUUGUGGAUAUUCUCCGAGCUAUUCUUCUGUCCUUGGAAAUCCUUAUUGAAGACCCAGAGUUACAGAUAAAUGGAUUUAUGCUAAUUAUAGACUGGAGCAAUUUCACAUUCAAACAAGCCUCCAAACUGACCCCCACCAUACUGAGACUGGCCAUAGAGGGUUUACAGGACAGCUUCCCCGCACGCUUUGGAGGCAUCCACUUUGUGAACCAGCCCUGGUAUAUCCAUGCUUUAUACACCAUUAUAAAGCCAUUCCUGAAAGACAAGACCAGGAAAAGGAUCUUUCUCCAUGGUAACAAUUUAAACAAUUUGCAUCAGCUGAUCCAUCCAGAAUACCUGCCAUCUGAGUUUGGGGGCACGCUGCCCCCCUAUGACAUGGGGACUUGGGCUCGAACAUUGCUUGGUCCAGAGUAUAAUGAUGACACUGAAUAUCCUUACAAUUACUACAGUUCAAUGCUGGAUAAUCAUGAUAGCGAUUGUUCUCCCAAGCACAUGAAGAGGUCGCAGUCAGUGGUUGAGCCAGGUGCCCUGAAACAAGAGGACAGGGACGAUGACAACACUCAGCCACUCCUGGCUCUGGACUGAACUAGAGACAUCUUUGUAGGUUACAGAAACAAUGGCAACUCCAGACUGGAUCUCAGUGAUGCAAACAUUAACGGAACACUUGCUUAAAUCAAGUCGCAUUCAGCUAUGUGAAGUGUUUUUUCCAUUUUUCUAAAAAGAUAACAUUCAGAUAUCACUGUCAUCUCACCCGAACAUCAAGCUGAUUAAAGAAUGAAAAAUCA